GCGUGGCCAUAAACUGACAUGGCGCCGUCUUUAGCCGGAGUGUCAUCGUGUUCGUUCCGCUUAGUUGUAGGUUAAGUCAUAUUUUCGCACAGAAAUUUUGUCUUGUUUUAUUUUUCAGGACAGCGGCUCACAUAGCUCAGCAUGGGAACGGUUCAUGCCCGGAGCCUCGACCCUUUGCCCAUGCAAGGGCCUGAGCUCGGGGUUCAAGCCGAUGAUAUUGAGGCCCCAGAGGUUGAGCAAGAACCAAAGCAAGAAGUUCUUGAAAACAAGGAUGUGAUAGUUCAGCGAGUACACAUAGAUGGGCUUGGAAGAACCAAGGAGGACUUGUUGACUUAUGAAAUUGCAGAGGUUUUCCGGGCAAAAAAUUUAAUUGAUGUGAUGAAAAAGUCCCAUGAUGCCCGACAGAAGCUGCUGCGCCUUGGCAUCUUCAGAAAAGUUGAAGUAGUUAUCGAUACGUCACGAGGGGAGGACGCUCUUCCUAAUGGUUUGGAUGUGACCUUUGAGGUUAUAGAGCUGAGAUGGCUAACGGGCAGCUACAACACCAUGGUUGGAAACAAUGAAGGAAGCAUGGUACUGGGCCUGAAGUUACCCAAUGUCUUUGGUCGGGCAGAGAAACUGACGUUCCAGUUUGCUUACGGCACCAAAGAGACAUCCUACGGCCUGUCCUUUUUCAAACCACAGCCAGGACACUUUGAACGCAAUAUUUCCGUCAAUCUGUACAAAGUCACAGGACAGUUUCCAUGGAGUUCACUGAGGGAAACAGAUCGAGGCAUUUCUACAGAGCUCAGUUUCCCCAUGUGGAAGACCAACCAAACCCUGAAGUGGGAAGGCGUGUGGAGAGAGCUGGGAUGUCUGGCUCGCACCGCCUCCUUCGCCAUCCGAGAGGAGAGCGGCCAUUCCUUCAAGUCCUCCCUCUCGCAUGCCAUGGUCAUUGACACAAGAAACUCUUCCAUCCUUCCCAAAAAAGGUGGCCUGUUAAAAAUUCACCAGGAACUUGCUGGUUACACUGGAGGAGAUGCUAGUUUCCUGAAGGAGGACUUUGAGAUCCAGCUGAACACAACACUCCUCUGGGACUCUGUUAUUUCUGCCUCAUUGUGGGGUGGGUUGCUUCUACCUAUUGGUGAGAAACCAACAAGCAUAGCAGACAGGUUCUACCUAGGUGGCCCCACCAGUGUCCGAGGAUUCAGUAUGUACAGUAUGGGCCCGCAGAGUGAAGGCAUGGCAGGGGACUACCUGGGUGGAGAGGCCUACUGGGCAGGAGGCCUUCAUCUUUACACCCCUCUACCCUUUAGACCAGGCAGGGGAGGCUUUGGUGACCUCUUCAGAACACACUUCUUCCUCAAUGCCGGAAACCUUUGUAACCUAAAAUACGGUGAAGGCCCACAAGCGCACCUGAAGAAAUUGGCAGAGUGCAUCCGUUGGUCGUAUGGAGCAGGCAUCGUGGUGCGUUUGGGGAAUAUUGCUAGGCUUGAGCUCAAUUACUGCAUUCCUAUGGGAGUCCAGAGUGGAGACAGGAUAUGUGAUGGGGUUCAGUUUGGAGCUGGAAUCCGAUUCCUGUGAACUCGCAUUUGUUGAGUCUGGAGCUUCCGUGUGUGUUAACAGUGUUUGAGUUUUACAUCUGAAGAUUUUGUUGGAAGGCAGAAUCACGUGUACAGAAUUGUUAUUGAAACUAAUUAAAGUGUCUUAACUGACAUUU